CGUGUUUCUGUGGCGAAAACAGCUCGCGGCUCCUGGACGGGGACGAAAUUAUUUUGGAAAUAAUUGGGGUGGCCUCGCGCGGGGUCAGAGCUUUAAUUGAAGAGGGGCUUCCCGGCCGACAGGGGGCGACGCACUUGUGUUUUGUCCUGCGGACUCCUGAUAGUGCCGUGGUUCACGAGGGAGAAAGCUUCCGGCGGAAGUCGUCUGCACGCCGUUUUCGACAUGGCGGCAGGACCAAUUUCGGAGCGCAAUCAAGAUGCCACGGUUUACGUGGGUGGCCUGGAUGAGAAGGUGUCCGAGCCGCUGCUGUGGGAGCUCUUUCUGCAGGCCGGCCCAGUGGUGAACACGCACAUGCCCAAGGACAGGGUGACGGGUCAGCACCAGGGCUAUGGGUUUGUGGAGUUCCUGAGUGAGGAGGAUGCUGACUACGCUAUAAAGAUCAUGAACAUGAUCAAGCUGUAUGGCAAACCUAUUCGCGUCAACAAGGCCUCUGCCCACAACAAAAACCUGGAUGUGGGCGCCAACAUCUUCAUCGGCAACCUGGACCCUGAGAUCGACGAGAAGCUCCUCUACGAUACCUUCAGCGCCUUCGGCGUCAUCUUGCAGACCCCCAAGAUCAUGCGGGACCCUGACACCGGUAACUCCAAGGGCUACGCUUUCAUCAACUUCGCCAGCUUUGACGCCUCGGACGCCGCCAUCGAGGCCAUGAACGGCCAGUACCUGUGCAACCGGCCCAUCACAGUUUCCUACGCCUUCAAGAAGGACUCUAAGGGCGAGCGACACGGUUCGGCUGCCGAACGCCUGCUGGCCGCUCAGAACCCACUGUCGCAGGCGGAUCGGCCUCACCAGCUGUUUGCCGACGCGCCCCCUCCUCCCUCUGCGCCCACCCCUGUGCUCACCACGCUGGGGCCUGGGAUCCCCAUGCCUGGCCUGCCGCCACCUGGCGCGUUCCCCCCAGUGCCCCCACCAGGCUCCAUGCCCCCAGGAAUGCCUCCUGGAAUGCCAAUGCCUCCAGCUCCAGGCACUCCAGGACCUCAGGGAGCAGCGGGAGGUCCACCCCCUGGACCGCCACCAUUCCCACCCGCUGGCAUGCACCCCCCAGGGAUGCCUCAGAUGCCCAUGCCACCUCCUGGCCCACCUGGAAUGGUGCCCCCUCCACCGGGCCCCCCCGGCUCCAACCAGAGUCGUGCUCCACCUCCACCGGGCAUGCCCCCUCCCCCACCCAUGGGAAUGCCUCCGAGGGGCCCGUUCGGUCCCCCCAUGGGUCCACCCAUGCCUCCUGGCAUGCGGGGCCCCCCUCCGAUGCCUCCUCCAGGCUACGGCGGCGGUCCGCCACGCCCGCCUCCAUUUGGAUUUCAGAGAGGACCCCCCAUGCCCCCCCGGCCCCCUCCUGCUCCACCUCGCGGCCCUAUGAGGGCCCCCAUGCCUACAUAGGCGAUUCAGAUGUUUUUGUUGUUUGCCAUUGUACAGUGCUCAAAACGUGACUAAUAAAGGUUUUAAUACAA